GCCAUAGUUAAACAUAAUCAAUCACAACAAAUCUAUGAACCCAAACAAUCAUAGCGGUUUAUCCGGAAACGGCCAUCCCAACCCAACCUUGUUGUUAGUAUCUCACCUCAGCCUUCUCCUCUUCCUUCUCCUCUUCCUUCUCCCCUUUUUCCUUUCCCUUUCCCUCCCAACUUUAAUCAUUCUGAUGCUCGGCGCAGUUUACUUCCUUCGCGAUGUCUGGAUUAAAUCCUUUCCGCCUUAGUAGGAAGCCUGACGCGCUUCCGGUUACGACGCAAUUCGUUGAUGAUUCGCUUUUCGCUCCUCCUGGGGCUGCGGGUUAUGAUAAUGAAAAUGGAAAUGAGGAUAUAAAGGCGUUUGACGCGCAGGACAACGAGGAUCAGAACCCCGCCGCUGCUACUCCUACCGCCGCGACGACGGCAUCGACAACGGAAUCAACCAGGGAUGUCGAUACAACCUCCGUGUCAUCCGAUGAUGGCUCGACGUCAGAUCCCUUCCGGCAGGCUUCACAUUUGAGCGAUAAUGAUCGGGAUAGCGGGAGUUACAAGGAGACUCGACGGGACUCCGCCGUUCAGCCCGAUGGUCUAUCGUCGGCACCUCCUACAAGCGCAGAUAUAUCCACGAAAGAAAGCAACACAUUACAUCCAAAGUCAGCAAAACGGGCUAGUCGUCCACUUCCUCCGCCUCCCACGGGGUCCCGGACUGCGAAUAGCAGCAGUACCGAUGUCUCUCAGUUAUCUACACGUUCGGGGACGGUGAACAAACGCACGUCGGUUACGGAUAUCGAUACAAGAUCUCUGAGCAGCAGGUCAGGGAACAGGGAGAAGAAACCACCGCCUCCUCCGAAGAGCCAUCAUGGGAAGUUGAUCAAUAAUCCGGUGCAACCGGUGCCGGCUGAAUCGAAACGCUUUUCCUUUCAUGAUUCUUCUUCCGAGACCUCGUUCAAUACGCCGAGUACGCCGUCACAGUCUAGUAAGCCGUCUGUCCAGGUGGACUAUUUCUCUUCAGUUCCGAAUGAAAGCCAGAAUCCGAACCAGAACUCGAACCCCAGAGCGACGGACACGCUCAAGCGCAGUCAGUCCCAAUACAAGCGUCCGCCUACGCCACCGCUCAGUCGACGACAUAGUCAGAUGAAGAGAUCCAAAUCUACAUUAUCCUCCAAACAGAAUCAGAACCGAUUGUCACUACCUGUCGGGAGCGAGGGAGUUAAGCCCUCCCCGCCCCCGAGUCCAGGUACCACCACCACGUCAUUAAACCCGCCGGUGCAACGAGCUUCGAGGCCGCUGUCGUUGCAAACCGAUGAGAAUACAUUGAAAUCUACCUCGUCACUUAAAGAACAAGCGCCAUCCCCGCUAUCACCCACCGCGGAAUCACCACUAUCGAGAACAACAUCUAUCCGACGAACAACGUCCGGGUCCUCCUCAGCCGCAGCGCCUCCUCCUCCUCCACCGCCGCGACGGGCUCGUUAUAGCAAUGAUAGCACCCGACCCGCCAGCUACGUGCAGCCGAAGAAGACGGAAGAAGAGAGUUCCUUCCAACCAUCGAACGCGAAUAACAUCCUGGAGGAUCUGUCGCGGUUACAGAAGGAGGUGGAUGAUCUUCGGGGACGGUAUGAGAGCCGCCAGGGGAGUCAUUAGCUGCAUCUGUGACUCAUUGGAUGCUUUAUGAAUGAUUGUUUGUUAGUUACAAGUAUGAUCCUGCUGUACAUACACAUACAGUGCAGAGUACCCUGGUGCAUACUCCGUAUCCGGCGGUGGCGAGAGCGAGAACAUUGUUUGGAACGGAAGUGGAUCUCGGAGACGGGUCUGGGGAGGAGUUAUGACUGACUAUGCUGAACUCGGAGAGACUGAUACGUAUAAGUAUAUACACCGUAAUGAGCUAUGGUUCUAUUCUCUGUAUCUACAUAGUACAUAGCUGUACUGCUUGCAUUAGUAUCAAUGUACUAUGUACAUAGCGUGCUAGAGCAUAGGGAUUGAUUGGCUGCAGGGAGCCAUGACGUCGCCUCAUUUUGAGCAAAGAAAUCAAGGGACAUAAAAUAAUAUUAUCUAAAAAAGAAUGCGAUUCAUGUCGAUGUCAG